AUGACGAUUGAUACAACAAAUAUUGACGAGCCGCUAAUAUAUUGGAUAAUAAACGAUGAAUAUUUAAUCGUAACGGAUAUUAAUGGUUGUAAUUGCAAAGUUUUAAGUCUUCGAAAUCAAUCAAUUUAUCAUUAUCGUUAUUUAUAUAUUGAUAGUAAAAAUAUUUACUUAAUUUCUUAUCAAGAAAUACAUAUUUUAAGAAAGGGGAAUGCUCUUUUCCAAAGCAAAAAAAAUUUAUAUGAAUGUCUUCCAAAAAUCCAUUUUGGAAAGGGCAUUUUCUCUCGUAUCGUACCUAUUGAUAAAACUUUACAAUUAUAUCCCCCGAAGAUAUGUCUAAUACCUACCAAGGAUUAUCGUGUUGAAGAAGUGCUAAUAACUGCAAACAGCAUUAAGGUGAACCUUCCGGAGCCGAAUCCCAAUGACGAAUGUAAAAAGUACAAUUUUACUUUUAUAUAUAACAUCUCUGUGAGUUAUUUAAAAUGUUUAGACAAUGAUCUUAACAAAUUUGAGAAAUUUCAUGUUCAAACGUACGAACGGCAGUACGAAUUCCAAAAUUUGACGCAGUUGACAGAAUACACGUUAAAGCUGGCAUUGAGCAAUUUUUACAUCUACAAGAUAUCGAUGGAUUUGCAAUUCGGCCCAGAUGUAAAACUGAUAACUACGGGCAAGCUCUAUGCACCGGAUGAUGUAGUAGUUCAAGUUGUAAUGCCAAAUCUGGCGGUAAUUGAUUGGAUGCCACCGAAAAAAUUAGGUUGCGUGGCAGUGAAUUAUGAGGUGAAAAUGGUAAAAUAUCCAAAUAGCACUCAAGAAAAUCAAAAUUCGUUUCGCUUCAUAAAAGUCAAUAAACUAGAACGUACGACAAAUGACAAGUUUUUCGCGGUAAUUUCGUCACUGAUACCAAAGCAAAAAUACGAGAUAUACGUGAGUGUGUAUCCAAUUAUUCGCACAGAUGUCGUCACUGACAGUGUAAUAAAAACAGUCUACAUGUCCGAACCAAAUAAUUUAAGUUUGAAUGGGAUCGAUACAAACAGAAUGAAUAUCUCGUGGAUACCAAGCGUUAAUCUGACGAUUCCUACUGAAUUCCUUAUACUAGAAUACAAAAAUGCUGCGUCACGAAAGAGGAUAUGGGAAAUUGCGAAUAAUAUUAAGGGAAAUAAUGAUAAAAUAACAUAUCACAUAGAAAAUUUAUUGCCGCAAACUAAGUACAAAUUUCGUUUGAACUUAAAAUAUACUGAGUGUAAAGAAGAUUUCAUAUGGCCGUCUGAUGGAGAAGAAUUUAUUUUUGAAACGCUCGGUAAGCAAAUGAAGACGUUAUGAUAACAUAUGCUUACUUUAAGAAUCUUAAAAGUUUUUUUGCAUUAAAAAUUGAAUAACGAAAUUUUA